GUUGCCACUUUCGUUUAUUAUGAUACAUAGCAAUAAAAAAAUUAUGGGCAAGUUUAGAAUUUUUACUCAAACUCUUGUGUCGACAAAAUGUAUUUGGAUGACUGUGGUUGCCUUUGUUUUACCGAUAGGACUUCUUACAAAUUAUGAUCCAGACUUGAAACAGGAGUCGAAAUGUGCUUACGUUAUCAUAGUUAUGGCCUUGUUGUGGCUUAUGGAGGCGUUACCAACAGCGGUGACGUCACUUCUUCCUGUGUUCCUGUUUCCGAUGGUAGGCGUUGCUCCGGCAAGAUUGAUUAGCUCCACCUACUUUUCGGACAUAUCGAUGCUGUUUCUUGGAGGUCUGCUCAUUGCUAUGGCCCUGGAGGAGACGAGACUUCAUACCAGGAUAUCCCUAUACGUCUUGGUUCUUGUAGGAGCUCAGCCAAUCAUGUUAGUGCUUGGGGCACUGGUAUCAACCUGGUUGCUGUCUGUCUGGAUAAACGACACAUCAGCCACCGCCAUGAUGAUUCCUGUCGUAUUGGCCGUGUGUGAGGCUGUCCGGGAAGUCAGUGCUCAGUCAGAUUUACAGUUAAAUGAGAAUCCAGCCUUUGAACUUACGGAAGAAUUUGAUGAAAUUAGUGCAGAGAACUCAAAACAACGAUAUGAAUUUGCCAUAAAUAUGCCGAGGUCCAGUUUAACUGUCACUAAAAAGAUCGAUUGCGAAAAUGUUAGAGAGGAAAAUGUGGAAUUGGACAAUGAGCACGAGGACGACACGAAUAGAACACCAUCAGAUAAGAAGAAGAAAGAUGAAGCGUUUAAGGCUCUUGCAAAAGCACUUUCUUUGAGCGUGGCAUACGGAGCAUACUUUGGCGGAAUUGUUACUAUAACUGGGACACCAGUAAAUCUUGUUCUGAAAGACGUCGCCGACAAGUUUUACAGAGAUAACGGCCAUAAUGAGUCCCCAAUAACGUUUACAUCCUGGAUGGGAUUCGCUCUUCCGUUGUCCUGUAUGACUCUCGUCUUCGGUUGGUUGUGGUUGUCGUUCCGUUUUCUGGGUUUCAGGUUUGUGAACUCUGCCACGUUCUGGCGUUUUCAAAUAUGUAACAAUAGCAUUAUAUUCAUAAUUUCCAGCUGCUGUUUGAAGCGAAUGGACCCUGUUAAAAAAUCAGCAUUCAAUGCGGCGAUCAAGAGGCGAGCUGAAGCUCUUGGACGUAUAUCAUUUGGUGAGGGCCAAGUUGUGAUUGUUUUUGUUUCCAUGGUCUUAUUGUGGCUGUUCCGAAAUCCUCCAAUCAUUUCUGGAUGGGGCGACUUGUUUGUUGAUACAGACAUCAACGACGGACAGAGCCUAGUUUCCGACUCCACGCCAUGCAUCCUUUUGGGAACCUUGCUAUUUAUCCUUCCGGAAAAGAGGCCAAACAUUCUGUGCUGGAGGAAAGGCAAACCUUCCUACACGCCUAUCCUUAAAUGGCAGGUGGUGACCAAGCGGCUACCAUGGGGUGUUCUCAUACUUGUGGGAGGCGGGUUUGCAAUGGCUCAAGCGAGUCAGGAAUCCGGUCUCUCUAUUUGGAUAGGCGAGCAGCUCAAGUUACUUGGCGGUUUUCAUCCACUUGUGAUGGACCUUCUAAUUCUUACAGUGGUUUCCUUUAUAACCGAACUGAUGAGUAACUUAGCAACGGUACAACUGGUUGUGCCGAUUUUGAGAGAUAUGCCCCUAUCUCUUGGAACAAAUCCUCUACACCUGAUGAUAUCAGGAACAAUAGCAUGUUCGUUCUCGUUCAUGCUGCCAGUAUCUGCGCCAUCAUGCGCCAUGGCAUUUGCGACUGGAUAUAUCCCUAUUCAAGACAUGGCCUUAGCUGGGUUGCCAAUGAAGAUAAUUAGCAUAGGCUGUACAAUGUUAGCUGUGAAUACAUGGGGCACAACCAUGUUUGAUCUUGAUACGCUGCCUGAUUUUCUGCAGAAUAACACCACAAACACUACAACGACAACGAUGCAAUCUGUAUAAAAUGAAUCUGUUAAUAAACUUGUGUUUCAAUAUACAGCUAGUUCAAGUGUAACCUGGUGUGUUUUGGCAUAGCUGCAUAAUUCUGGUUUUUACAGAAAAUUUAGACGAAUCGAAUUAAGUAAAUUAAACGUGGUGUUUAAAUACACAGAUCACGUAACAAAUGAUUGGUUUAAACUUGUAUGGCAAGAGGCUCGAACAGAAUGUGUCUUAAAAACAUAAUUAUAUUUUUACCAAGAUUCUAUUAAUACAGGUGCUGAUUUGUGAACUAAAACAUUGAAUGCUGUCCUCAAAUAUGAUUGUUUUCCGUAAAGUUUUGUUUUGUGCACUUCUUUGUUGUUUACCAUUGUCAUUUCUUAUCACUUUAAACUAUCAGUUUUUGCAAUUUUAUGAAAAGAGGAUGUAAAACUAACCUUGUUUUGAUUUGAGUUGAAUUAUGUUGAUAGCCAUUUCAUACCUUGACAUAUUUUCCAAUAACAUAGGUAUAAUACAAUUAAUAUCGAAUAUGGUGUCUUUUAACUCUACUUUUAUUUCUUUAAUUAAUUAUGUAAAGAGCUUUGAAUGGUAGUAAAAUCUAUUCUUUGAAAGUUAAACUAUCAAAAUAAUGCAUACAGCAGUUAAAUUGGUACUGCAUACUUAAUCGAAUUGAACUGUUGCAUCUCAUUACAAAUACAAUUUACCAUGUUACAAACGUAUUAACUGCCAACAUUGACAUUGCAAUACUAAUUAGUUUUACUUGGGAAACCUGCCAUUCCAUAGGUUAUACGAAAAUAUUUCAGAUAGUCAUGAAUACAAAAUCAUCAAAGAACAUAACACAUAUGAACCUAUCUGAACAUUCAGAAUAAUUCAAAUAAUAAAUUAAAAUGAUAUUAACCAAAAAGGAACGAUUCUGAAUAACUUUAAAGCAUACAAAUGUAAAAACUUGUAUUCGGUUUUCUUAUUAACUUGACACUGUGUCUUAUUCAUUCCAUCAGUCGAUGACACAUUAUAAUGUAUACCAUUGAGCCGAUUGUUAAGAGCUUUUUAAAGUUAACAAUAUGAUUAACGGCAUCUUUUAAACGUGAUAUUGUGCUUAUUGGAAAAUUAUAUUCAUUUAGAUAAUACAGAUACAGCUUAAAUAGUUGUCUCAAAUCUUGUUAGAUAUACUGCCGAUCAAAGUCGUCUUUAUUAAACUACCAGAGCAAUACAGAUUUCAAAAUUAACCUUUUUUUACUUCAAGAACGUUGUUACCUUCUACGAAGCUCUAAACAAUCGAUCCAAUGAAUGCUAUUAUCAAACGCGUAAGCAAUACGAUUCAAGUGAAUCUUGAUACAUAAAGGAAGUUUUAUCAAAUUCGAUGAGACAUAUUUGUGUUGUGUUACUCUGUUUGUAAUUUAAAUGAUAUACAUGUUGUGGCCUGUUGCAAUUUGAUUAAGAACGAGCUUAUUUUACACCUUAAGACUGAUUAUUCUGAAACUUGAUAAACAUGGUCGUCAUGAAGUGAACUAGUGCCUAACAUAUUUUUCAUGGCCCAAUGGUCAAUUCGGUUAUGUGUUUGUGUAGUUAUUUGUGUACUUGUUUGCUCUAUGGAUGUUUUUUGGAGCUUACUACAAUCAUCACAAUUAG